AAUGUAGCCAUAUGUAAGACCCGGGAAUUUGGUAGCAUUGGCGCGCUCACAUAAUUGUGUUCUGGUCUGCUGCUUUUAUAACCUCUUUAGCAGGUGGUAAUAUUGUGGUAAUCAGCUUUGUUUUGAAAAAUGUCCACGGUUGAGCCUAAGUUAUCUAAAUUAGAUCAGCGAUUAAAGGCUGCAUUAAGUGAACGACGUUUAUAUGAAGCUCAUCAAUUGUAUAAGACUAUACACUUCCGCUGUAUUAUGAGGAAAAACUAUCAAGAAGCACUAAAAUAUCUUAAAUCUGGUUCCGGUUCUUACUUGAUAAUGAACAAUGGGAAAGUGGUACAGAAUUAGCUUGCCUUGUACUUGAUGUGUAUAAUCAGAGUGGAGCUGUUUUAACAGAAUCCCAUCUGAGUGAAGUUUGUGAAUUACUUAUACGAAUGUGUCCUGGAGAAGAGAGAUCACGAUUUAUUAGUAAAGCUUUACAAUUAUUUCAAAAGCAAAAAGAUCUUCUAGCUGGAUUCAAUGGUUAUUUAGCUCGUGUAUUAUGGCAAGAAGGAUCUUUUAGUGAAGCAAGAUUACGAAUUAUGCUGUCUUCUAAUGGUUAUGCAGCUGGUAGUUUUCUUAUUGCAUUACAUCAGAAAUAUGGACUUCGAUCGGAAAUCGAUUUGUUUAUUACUCAAGCUGUUCUUCAAUUUUUAUGCAUGAAACAAAUCUCAGUCGCCAUAUUGACAUUUUAUACAUAUACAAGAGGUCAUCCACGAUUAGAACCUGGACCACCGUUUACUCAUUUCCCUCUACUCAAUUUCUUAUGGUUUCUAAUGUUAGCUAUUGAAAAGAAAUGUAGUCUAACUGUAUUCUCUAUACUAUGUGAGAAAUAUAGUCCACAAUUGAAUAGAGAUUCGUCUUAUUUAAAAUAUUUGGAUAAAAUUGGUCAAUUAUAUUUUGGUGUUAAACCUCCUGCGAAUGAAAUGAAUAAUUUCUUUUCACGUAUUAUGCAAAUGUUCAAUGAUGGAGAUAAACUGGAGGAUUGUGUAUCCAAUGAUGAUAUGAGUUGUGCAUUGAAUGGAACCAUUGAUGUAAAUUCACCUGAUGAAAUGUGCUUUGAAGAUGUGGAUUGAUUAUUUUGGCUAUAUCUAUCUACAUCUACUCUACAUAGUGCCUUUCAGUUUAAAAUGGAAAUCUAUUUGCGCACACACACACACACACACACACACAUCGACAUUGAAUUCUGAAGGUUUUCAAGAAGGUAGUUUGUUUUACAGUUAUAUUCCAUGAAACUGAAAAUAUUCUGUCAUUUCUUCGCUAUUCGAAUGGAUAUUUAUUCAGUAAUUAAUUUCAUUGUCGGCUUGUUUCUUCUUUUCUCUCUGUUUAUUAACCUCUUGAAAAUGCACAAUAAUGUUUAUAUUUAAAUAAAUUGAAUUGUGUACAGA